UAUCGAUGCUUUGAGGAGCAACUUUAGCGUUUGAAGUUGGGUUUGUGUUCACCGGUUUUAAAUAAAAGCUUGGCGAACUACUUGAUAAAAUGUACAAGAUGGAUUUUUUACACAGGUAUAUAUAGCACACCAUGAGAUGAACGAGAGUCUUCGAGAACAACAAGGCAUUGACGGCAUUAUGCUGGUCAGAAACAUUAAGGAUGCAGCUACAUGCAGUGUUGGUCGGGCAAAGGUUACCCAUGCAGUUGUGGUCAUCUUUUUGGAAUUCUUUUCCUGGGGACUUCUUACAACACCAAUGUUGACUGUGUUACAUGAAACAUUUCCACAGCACACAUUCCUCAUGAAUGGGCUUAUUCAAGGAGUGAAGGGAUUGUUGUCUUUUAUGAGUGCCCCACUGAUUGGUGCCUUGUCGGAUGUAUGGGGCAGGAAGUCCUUCUUGCUGUUGACGGUGUUCUUCACCUGUGCCCCCAUCCCUCUGAUGAGAAUAAGCCCAUGGUGGUAUUUUGCCCUCAUCUCUGUAUCUGGAGUCUUCUCAGUCACCUUCUCUGUUAUAUUUGCAUAUGUAGCAGAUAUUACAGAAGAGAAUGAAAGAAGUACAGCAUAUGGAUUGGUAUCAGCAACUUUUGCUGCCAGUUUAGUUACGAGUCCUGCUAUAGGAGCCUAUCUAUCUGCCAGUUAUGGAGACAGUCUUGUGGUACUGAUGGCCACCAUCGUGGCUGUAGCUGACAUUCUUUUCAUACUCCUCGUUGUACCAGAGUCUCUGCCAGACAAAAUGAGGCUUUCGUCAUGGGGUUUUCCAAUUUCUUGGGAGCAAGCAGACCCUUUUGCUUCUUUAAGAAAAGUGGGGAAGGACACCACAGUGCUUCUCAUAUGUGUCACAGUUUUUCUGUCAUACCUACCAGAAGCCGGACAGUAUUCCAGCUUUUUCUUAUACUUGAGACAGGUUAUUAACUUCUCACCAGCAGCAAUUGCAGCAUUUAUAGCAAUGGUUGGAAUCCUGUCUAUUAUAGCACAGACUUUGCUCCUAAGUGUGCUGAUGAAAAAACUCGGUAAUAAGAAUACUGUGUUAUUGGGACUUGGAUUUCAGCUGUUCCAGCUGGCCUGGUAUGGCUUUGGAUCAGCCAUAUGGAUGAUGUGGACAGCCGGCACCGUGGCUGCGAUGUCCAGUAUCACUUUCCCGACAAUAAGUGCCCUGGUGUCUCACGUCACAGAUCAUGGCCAGCAGGGUGCAGUCCAGGGAAUGAUAACUGGGAUUAGGGGUCUGUGCAAUGGGCUUGGUCCAGCUCUCUUUGGAUUUAUCUUUUUUCUCUUCAAUGUGGAACUGAAUGAGAUGGGGCCAAUAGCUCAUGAUCCAGCUUCAGCUGUCAGUAAUAAGACAUCAGUCAUUCCAGGCCCUCCCUUCCUGUUUGGAGCCUGUACUGUUCUUCUCGCUCUGUUAGUGGCCUGCUUCAUCCCAGAACACCGCAGGGUGUUGGUGAAAACUUGCAGCAUACGGGUUUCACCUGUUAGUGGAACGCAUGGUAAUAGUUCUGCUCCUGGGAGUGACGAGGACAUUGAGCCCCUCUUGCAAGACAGCAGCAUGUAGUCAAUUGAUACUAUCUGAAGCCUCUGCUUUUUUUUUUUUUUUUUGCUUUUUUUUUUUCCUCCCCCUCCUUUCUUGGGAGGGGAGACAUGUAAGAAGUAUAAUACAGGUUCAAGCAAACAUGUGAUUUGGAGUGACAUGAAAUAGCUAUAGUCUAGGGAAUUUUGUUCGGAGAUGUAUAUUUAAGUAAAAUGUAUUGUUCAAAUGAGCUUUUUGAACUUUUUAAAUAAGUUGUAACAUAAGGUAAACUUUGCUUAUGUUUGCCAGCCGAUAUAUAUUAAUGUUAUGCUCUUAGUUGAAAGUGUGCCUUCACCAUGCAUUUGCAAAGUUUGUUUUUUUUUUUUUUUUUUUUUUGUUAUUCAGUCUGUGCUGAAUGCACAUUAGGCCCCGGUCACACCGCCCGAACUUUGCUGGAGCGUUCCUGGAGCGGUGAAAAAAAUUAAUCACCGCUCGUAACCGUUCACCACCGUUUAACAAAAGUUGGCCCCCGUUAAAGCAACGCCGUAUACGCUCGGCCACCGCUGAUGUUUCUCGAGGGGCCCUCCUACCGCUCCAAAAGUUUUGAGCUGCACAAAAUAUUGCGAGCGGUGAGGAGGGGGCAAUUUUCCGCCCCGGCAAAGUUCACCCCCGCUCCACCAACGCCCAGUCAAAGUUUGGCACCGCUAGACGCAAGUUCGUGGACGCUUGGGUCCGCUAGGCCAACACAGAAAUCUUGAACGCUGGACCACCGCUGCUUCGCCAGCGUUGCCCGGGCGGCGAUUAAAGGUUGCACAAACUUCGGUGGAGCGGUUGUAAGGGUUUUACGAGCGGGCACGGGGUUGCUGGAACGGUGUCGGGCGUUGAAGCAGCUAUCCAUGGCGGCGAUGAACUUUGGUUUGGCGUUGGUAUAGAGGUGUCGGAGCGGGACCAGAAUUUGGCUAUAAAUACGGGCAGGGGCGCAGAUACGUUUUUUGAACUGGGGGGGACAAAAAACUGGGGGGGACAAAGCUACCAACCCCAACCCCGAUAUGCCUGUCAAGCUUGUUGUGGGUUACCAUAGCAACCAAGCUCAAGCUCGCAACCUGUGCAGUCUGCGCAGCUCAACCAACCGAAUAUCAGUCUUUGUUUUGUUUUAUGUGAGUUGUUGCAACUAUGUAUACACUGCUGUGCACCUCAAUAAACCGAAUGGUAAUUAGUCUUUUGAUUUUUCUGUGAGGUUUGCCUUAUGCAAAGAAAGACAGCAUAGACGUUUUUUCCUCCCUAUAAGUGGGGGGGACCGAACGAAGUGAAUUUAAAUCUGGGUGGGACGAAUUCCCCCCCCCCCCCCCCCCCCCCCAUCUGCACCCGUGAAUACAGGGAGAAAUGGACCAGGAGCUCAUUUGGAAUCGAGCUGCCGUUGAGUUCAGACCUCAUCUAUAUCGAAUUUGCUCAAAGUUACAGUAAAACUGUAUCACCAUGGAUGCUGAGAGACUUGCUAUGAUUAGUGUUAAACCAACUUUAUACCCCCGCCGAGCCAAAGCCCGCAUGCGCAGAACGCCGCUAUACCACCGCUCUCUACCGCUAAGCCAACGCCCAUGUUUUCGAUUUUUUUUUUUUCCCAUUUUGUGCGCGGUGACGAGUGUUGUCGAAAUUCGGCCCCCCCUCCCUACCGUUCAAGGAACGCUCCAGCAAAGUUCGGGCGGUGUGACCAGGGCCUUAUAGGAUGUACCAUAUAGGUCAUGGGUGGCCUUUUAAUUUUUAUAUGUGUAGCACUGUAAUAGUCUUCUAUUAAAGAACCUGAAGGACAAUCUUUAUAUGGAAGCUAUGGUAAUUCAGUUCCUCAUAUGUUUUGUUUUAUUAGCUAUGGAGCUAAAGAAAUGUCCAUGUUCAUAGGUUGGUGUUAUUUAAAAACCACUAUCUGACUUCAGUGCAGCUUUUAAGUUGAUGGGUCAAACUAUAUGCACAAGGUCUUAUCAUAUAUCUUUAGUUUAUAUAAUAGAAUGUUGUAUUGAGAUAAGAACUGAAAAGUAUAUGGCAUACAAUUGUCACAAACUGGCCUAAAGAUGUUUGUCAAUUUGUAAAUUCUUGAACUAUUGCAUGUAUAUGCAAAAGGGGUAUUUAUUUCCCUAUGUAAGACUCCUUUAACUGCAUUUGUGUACCCUCUGCUUGUGGUCACAUCUCAAGUAAUAACUGCUACCUCAGUCUGCAACAUUAGGUCUAGCUCGACCCUGUCUAAUUUUUUAAAACCCAAUUGAUGCCCUGUUCAAAUGAGAUGAUGUCCAAUAUUAUCACUCCACCUCAGCAACUAAUUUCGCAUUAUGGCUUUUACAUAUGCAACCCGUACAUUCCUGAUCAUGUAUUUAUUUUUAUGUGCAAUGCUUUAUUUUUUUGUCUACUAUUAGAAGCAAUGCUGUCAGAUCUAUUCAGAGUUCACAGUACAUCAAUAAAGAUACAAUUUUCUUUUA